AUGGCGCCCUCCAGCUCGCUGCAAGACAACAUCGCGUUCGUUGCAGCGCAGACUGGUGUACUGCUGCUUGUAUACUGGCUCGUAUGGAUAGUCUACAGUCGCACGUACCAUCCACUUGCAAAAGUCCCUGGGCCGAUCUGGCCGUCUCUAUCGAGAACAUGGCUCAUGUAUCGCAUGUACAUUGGCGACUACCAACUAGCCCAAGAAGUACUGCAUAAAAGAUAUGGGCCCCUGAUUCGCAUCGCACCCAACGAGCUUUCAUACUCGAAUCCAGACGGCGUUCCUGUAAUUUACCGAAUCAACAAUCCACUGGAGAAGACGGACUGGUACCACACAUUCAAAGGCGCUGGACUCAAGUCCCAGAUCGACAUGUUCACUAUCACCAACGAGAGAAGGCACGCAGCUUACCGACGUACUGUCGGCGGAGUGUAUUCGCUGACCAACAUCCUGAAGUACGAGGAGCUUAUGGACCAGAACGUCGUCAUGCUGCUCGAUCGCCUUGAUGGGUUUGUAGAGCGUGCAGAAGAGGUUGACUUUGGGCUUUGGCUGGAGAUGUACGCUUACGACAACAUUGGCUCGGUGUUCUUUGGCAAACCGUUCGGAUUCUUAGAGUCGAGCAGCGACCAUAGAGGCUAUAUCGCUGCUGUGCACAAGGCUAUGCCGUUCCUAUCUUUCCUGUCUAUGGCUCCAUCCUACGCGCGAUCUGUUCUUAUGUUGAUUGCUGCUGCUGUGCCGUCGCUACUUCAGGCGGUUUUGGCAGUGGAUGACAUCCGCAAGACAACAGUUCGCGAGACGGAUGAGGCGAUGGCGAGGAAGUCGGACUCUCAUCACCGUGAUAUCCUCACCCAGCUGCUGAAGGUCGUGGAGGUUUCGGGCGAAAAGACGGGUGUCACGCACCAUGAGGUUACGGGUGAGAUGUGGGUCGCUGUCAUGGCUGGAGCUGAGAGCACUUCGGGCGGCCUUCGUGCUGUCUUCUACCACCUUCUCAAACAUCCAUCCGUCAUGUGUAAGCUCACCGCCGAGAUCGACUCAGCUUACGCAAGCGACGCCCUCACACACCCCGCUCGGCACUCCCAAGUCACGGCCCUUCCUUACCUGCUGGCAGUCUGCAAAGAAGCAGCGCGGGUAUGGCCGAGUUUCCAAGUCACUAUGCCGCGAUACGCGCCAGCUCAGGGUCUUCAGCUUCCAAAUGGCUUCUUGGUCCCAUGCGGAUACCAGAUAGGCAUGAACCCUUUUGUUGUUCAGCGCAACACCAGCAUCUUUGGAGAAGACGCGGAGGAGUUUCGGCCCGAGCGCUGGUUGGAGGCUGAUGCGAGUCAACUGAGAAAGAUGAAUGCAGCCAUGCUGUCUUUCGGAGCGGGGACGAGGACGUGUACGGGUCAACAUCUAGCAAUGGCGGAGAUCUACAAGAUUGUACCUGAAGUUCUGCGCCGAUUUACAAUCAGUAUGCCCCAGGAGAGGGUGUGGAGAACGUUCAAUGCGAGCUUUAAUCUGACGAGUGGAGUGGUUUGUGAAAUUGAGAGAAGAGACAUCUAG